AUGUGUGUUACAUUCGUAUAUCUUAAUGCGGAUGCUGUUGACGAAAAAGAUUACCAGUUAAUCGUAAUUAAUAAUCGUGACGAAAGUUAUGAUAGACCAACAUCCUAUGCAGCUUGGGAAGACGGGAUAUUGGCUGGUAAAGACGAAGGAAUCCCUAAUGAAAGAGGAGGAACCUGGCUAGGUGUAACGAAGGGAGGUAAAGUCGGUGUUCUUUUAUCUAUGCUUCAAAAACAGUCAACAUUAAAGCCCAAUGCCCCUACUCGAGGCAGAAUACUAAACGGAUAUUUCAAAUCGAAGGAUUCUGCUGCACAAUAUACAGAAAAACUCGCACAGUCUGCAAAUAAGUUCAAUUGUUUCAACUUAGUUCUUCUUGAUAGGUAUACACAGCGGCUACUUUUCUGGACAGAAAUUUUAACUCUUUGGGUUUAUGGAUUUGGCAACAGUCCGAGAUCACAUCCAUUUAGAAAAGUUGAACACGGAACAGAACUCUUCAAAGAAUGUAAUGAAGAUCAGCUGCUACUGGAAUUAGUGAACAUCCUCAGGAACGACAUAUGUCACCAUCCAGAUAAUCAGUUACUUAGUCAGACAGAACAGCAGGAGGAGUGCAGUAAAGCGAUGUCGCAGUUGUUUUAUUCUCUCCCAGGCAGUUACCGAUACGGCCGCGCUGUUUUCUACGAAGUGAGCCUAUACGUCCCAGCCCUUCCAGUGACAGCCUGGGCGACAACAAAGCUUCAGUUCACUAUAGAUGACUGA